GGUUAUUGUUUCUUGCUAUUAUAAUGCUUUUAUAAUUUUUACUAUAACUUUAGGCCAAGGUUUAAUUGUUAAUCUUAGUUUGAGAAAUUUAAGUGUAAUACUUAGAUUAGUAGUGGUUUUAUUUUUAAGUAUUUUACACUUACUGUUUCUUCAUGAUGGUGGUAGUAGGAAUCCAUUAGGUGUUUCCACUAAGUUAGAUAAAAUUGAAUUUCAUUGA